UCUUUACCUUAUUUUUAUUGAUCAAAAAAUGUCCGACGCAAUCGUAAAUAAUGAUUGAAUAAUUUAAGAAAACGCGACUAAUUUUCGCUAAUUAGAUUUGUGUGCUACGCCAGACCGUCGGACCACCUUUCUAACUGACGUAGUUUCGUACAGUCGAAUAAAAACUCUUCACAACAAUGGACGGGAAUAAAGAGCAAGCGGAAAGGUGCAUAGAGGUUGCGCAAAUAUCCUUUGCGGCAGGAAAUGUCGAGAAGGCAGAACGUUUUCUGUUAAAAGCUGAGAGAUUAUACCCCACUACUCGCGCUAAGGAGUUGUUAACUCGUGUCCAGGCUGCAUCUUCGGGUACAUCGCCCAAACAAACUACCCCACCUGGUACACCAAAUUCUGAAGAAUUGAGACGUCGAAAGAACUUAAACCAUCAACCAACGCAGAGGGAAUACACCUCAGAACAGUUGGACGCUGUGCGGAGAGUCAAAACGAAGUGCAAAGACUAUUACGAAGUAUUAGGAGUGACGAAAGAGGCGACAGACUCUGACAUCAAGAAGGCGUACAAGAAACUAGCUCUACAGCUGCAUCCAGACAAGAACCAUGCACCGGGAUCUGCUGAGGCCUUCAAGGCGGUGGGCAACGCGGCGGCGGUGCUCACGGACGCCGAGAAGCGCAAGGCGUACGACGCGCGCGCCGACGAGCCGCACCCGGCGCACACGCACCACCAGUUCUACGCGCGCGGGUUCGAGUCCGACCUCACUGCCGAGGAGCUGUUCAACAUGUUCUUCGGAGGCACUGGGUUCCCCGGCGCUGGACCAACGGUGUACGCGAGGAGGCGCGCGCGCGAGCCCGAGCCGCGGGACAGCAGCGCGGGCCUGAUGCAGAUGCUGCCCGUGCUGGUGCUGGUGCUGCUGUCCAUGAUGUCGGGAUUCUUCAUCAGCGAGCCGGUGUACAGCCUGACGCACUCGCCCAAGUACCCCGUGCCGAGGGAGACCGUCAACCUGAAGGUGCCUUACUACGUGAAAGAGAACUUCCAUACCGACUAUCAAGGGUCGCUGCGGAGACUUGAAAUGGCAAUUGAGGAAGAAUAUAUAGUGGGUCUGCGGCACGCGUGCCAGCGCGAGCGCAACUACCGCGACAGCGUGGCGUGGAAGGCGCGCAACUUCGGCGACCCGCGCCACCACGCCGACGCGCAGCGCCUGCGCAUGCCCUCCUGCGAGAAGCUACAGCAGUACCAGCGCUAGGGAAGCACUACCACACUAGCAGCAGGAGCCGAUGAACCAACAGCCAGCAUCCAGCGGCUCCCUGCAACCCGCUUGAUGUCCUCGGUCUGUAUUUCAGCACCUUGGGACCCCAACGUCCAUCGGCUCGACUUUGGACCGCUACAAACUAAUUAUCCACUCAACCCCAAUUUUUUUUUAUGUGGACCACUUUCAAAAUUUGGCUGAUUCCCAAAACUGGAGAGCAUGUUCUAUAUUAGAACGGGUAUCCAAAGCUGCUCUAGUAGGAUCUUACCAAAAGAGAUGGUCCCCCGUAUCAUUAAAAUUUAAAAAAAUACAAGGAUUUUAUUGAAAUCUAAAUUUUGAAUAAGUCUAUCUAAUUAAAAAGAAAUAAAUGAAAUUAAAACCCAAGUUUCUGAGUUAUUUCAAUAUGGCGCCCUUAGAACAACUAUGACAUGACAAUUGACAGCAAACGUCAAAUCGACUACUGCAUUGAAAACGUCAUCAAUCCGCCAUUAUUACGCGUAUAGUGUUGCAUUUCUUGGGAGAGAAUUAUUAUUUCGAAAGAAUCAAAGUAAAUUCGUAGAUUUCUAUAAUCAAAAAUAGUUAAAAAAAAUAUUUUCUUUUAUUUUCGCCAGGGUACAAUGACUGAUCCUGGGCUCCAUACAAUUUUGGACCAUCUCCUUUAGUCAGGCAAAAACAACACGAGCAGACAAGGGGAGUGUUAAUUGAUUGUCAAGGAAUUUCUUCCUAGCACUACCACAUUCACAACCCCCUUAGGACUGUUUACAUUCUGUAUGUUGCCUUAUGGCCUUACUGUAGAUAAAAACUCACAGACAUCUUAUACGACAAUAAUAUAUCUCACUACAAUUAUAUUCCAUUCCGAACUUAAAUUUAACAUAUUUUACAAGCAUAAUUCGCGUUCCCGUAGGAAUACAGGGAUGAAAUAUAGCCUAUAGCACUCGGGGAUAGUGUAGCUUCAUAACAGUGUAAAAAAUUUUCAAAUCGGUUCAGUAGUUUCAGAGCCUAUUCAAUGCAAACAAACAUACAAACAAAUCUUUCCUCUUUAUAAUAUUAGUAGGAAUAUACUAGCAGAUUUUCUGCGGUUUUACCCUAUUAGUUCCCGUUCCCGUGGGAAUACGGGGAUGAAAUAUAACAACAUAAAAAUACGAGUGUACUUUCUUAAAUGUGUAAAUCGCCCUCUCAAGUAUUCAAUGUCCGUUCACCUGGCUCGAUUACAGUUUUCGUAACGCCUUCAUCAGAUAACUCCCUAAAUCCAGCCAAAAGAAAUUUCACUUCAACAAAUAUUACUCAGUGAUGAUUUUUUUUUAAAAUUUUGGAGUUAAAUCGUAUCAUAUGUAUUAAACAUUGUAUAGUUUAUUCGUUGUGUUUGUUUUCGAAGAAGAUUGUUUUCAAAAUAAUAAAUUAUUAUUGAAAAUAGUGAUGGGAGUCAUUUUGAAUAGUAUCGAAAAAUAGAAAAAUAUAUUAGAUUUUCUGUAAUUUAUAUAUUGUUAUUUGGAUCACAUGCAUAUUUAGAUGUUAAUCGAAAUAAUGUAAACGCCUUAGUAAAAUAUUUGUAGACUUAAAUAUCACACUAGCUUUUUACACGAAAUAUAGUUAUCCAAUUGUAAUGUGCAAAAUAAAUUAUGUAUUUAAUGUAUAUUAAUGACACUGACUCAGACUAAAUAAAUAAGGAGCUGUCUCGUUAGACGUUUCUGUCAAAGUGUACAAUCGCAUUAGAUCAACGAUCUAAAGUUGUAAUGGUGGGUUAAAGAGUAACGUAAAAAUACUUUUCUGUGUAGUUUUUGUUCAUGAAUUUACAUUAGACAAUAGACAAUUUUGUUCAUAAAUUUGGGUGUGAUACUAGUCCUUACGCAAUUAGUCUGAGUCCAAUUGUAAUGUGCAAAAUAAAUCAUGUAUUUAAUGUAUAUUAAUGACACUGACUCAGACUAAAUAAAUAAGGAGCUGUCUCGUUAGACGUUUCUGUCAAAGUGUACAAUCGCAUUAGAUCAACGAUCUAAAGUUGUAAUGGUGGGUUAAAGAGUAACGUAAAAAUACUUUUCUGUGUAGUUUUUGUUCAUGAAUUUACAUUAGACAAUAGACAAUUUUGUUCAUAAAUUUGGGUGUGAUACUAGUCCUUACGCAAUUAGUCGGAGUCCAAAUGUAAUGUGCAAAUUAAUUUAUGUAUUUAUUUUAUUGACACUGGUGGAAAAAAAUUUAGAAAGUCAAAUAAAUAUCAAAAAAAAAUUGUACCUAUCCUGGCUAUCAGUUCCGAAAAUUAUUGUGAUAUUAUGUAUAUUUCUAAAAUUCUACAUAAAUUAUGUAGUUUAUUACCCAAAUCACAAAUCAAAGUGUUUUGAAGGAGGUUUGUUUCUGUCAGAAACGCUAAAAAAAUUUAACUGUAUAUCAUAUUUAGCCAUGCACUGGCAUUUUUUAAUUAUUUUAAUUUUAGUCCUUUUAAAUUUGAUUUUUAUUAAUAUUAAUGUCGCUUCAAAUCCAUACUAAUAUUUUUAGUGAGAAAGUAUGUCUGUCUAGUCACCUUUCACGGCUAAACUUCUGAACCGUUUUGGAUGAAAUUUGGGAAAUUUGAUAAAUUGGACUUUAGACCAGAAUGUUAUACUACCAACUAUAUAUUUUUUUUCUUUCGAAUUGAAUUGAAAAAAAAAUCUACCAUCGCUUUAGCACUGAUGCUUUCACACGGCUCUUAUAAUUUUAUUAUUUUGACCAAAACUAUGAAAUAUACGUAGCUCCUAUGUAAAAACAAUCACAUUGUAUGUGGUAAUAAAAAUGUAUAAAUACUCGUAUAUAAGAUAAUUUUAGCCAUCGGAAAAUGGAUGUUUCAGUUGGUAGAAUUAAUAUUAAAUACUUUUUAGUUUAUUUAUUUGAACAUCAUGGAAUCAACUAAUUAUGUACAAUAAUUUACUUUCACAUUACUAUCCAAAUGACGUCAUAAUAAUGUUGCCACUGCACGGUGAUCGCUAUGCGAUGGUUGUAUCACAUCAACACUCAGACUAAUUAUAUAAGGACCUGCCUCGCUAGACGUUACUGUUCUGUCAAAGUAUAUGAUCAACGAUCUAAUGUCUAUAGAACCGAUUUUUUAUAGUUGAAAUCGUGUUCGUUGGUUAAAAGGCUCCGUAGUUGAAUGGUGUAAAAAACUAUUAAAAGCUUAUAUGAUAUAUACCUAAUCUAAGCUUAUUUUCCUCAACAAUUACAGACAAUUUUGUUCGUGAAUAUGGGUGCGAUACUGGUUCGUUAUGUAAUAUUAGUCUGAGUAUUAACAUGAUAAUUUUUAUGUGCGACCAACAAACCAAUGUAGUAGGAACAUUAGCAACUUUACUCGGACUUUUCGCAAAAUUCCAAAAUGUAAAACUAAGAAUUAAAAUGCAUUUUAUCAAUUGUUAUUAAUUAUUCUAUGGUAUUUAAGUUAAUGGUAAUGGUACACCAAAAAUGUAAUUAUAUAAUGAAAUAAAUAUAUUACAAAUAAAUACAAGCUUAAAAUUACUAGAACCCAGAACUGUAAGUCAUUUAAAAAGAAUAUUGCUAUUUAAGGGGCAUUUUCAUUUGUGGUAUAUUCCAAUCACAAUUAUUUAUUACUGUUAUUUUAGUUUAUAGUUUUGUGUUAAAAUUGACACUAUUAUUCGGUUAGGUCACUUAUUAAACGAUUUGUUCAAUAAA